UAAAUCAUCCUGUCGCCCUCUCUCUCUCUCUCUCUCUCUCUUUUCUCUCUUUCUCUCUGCUUGAAAUUGUACUGACAUGGCUACUAACUAAAUGGGGUUUCUCUAAUUGACCGUACAAUCACACAAAGCUUAAAUUUUUCUUCUUCAACGUACAACUAUUACUUCACUAGGAACUUAAUUCCUUCAGAUUUUCAAGAAAAAAGGUGUGAAUUGCUCUUUUAUAACCAUGCAUACUACUGUAUUUUCCAAAGGAAAUGAGGGGGUUGUCCAGAAUCAAUCUGUUGCAACAUUGUGCACUGCUCCUUGGUGGAGUAGUGGUUUUAUGUCUCAAUCUGUGGCUUUUGCUGAGCCUUUUGGACAAUUGAAAUCUGCAUCUGUGGAGCAGCAGCCUAAGGGGAAUGCAACAGAGUUCACUAUUUCCUCUGUAUCUUCUUCAGGUGAUUGCAAAUCUUCAGCAAAUGGGCAAAAACUUUCAAACGUUCAGGCUGCUACCUCUGUUCGCGCAGCUAAUAUGGACUACCGAGGUCACUUUGAUCUAGGUUUUGGUCAGUCCCUGAUUUCUGCAAAAUAUCCUUAUGGAGAGCAAUGCAUUGGGUUAUUUUCAGCUUAUGCUCCUCAACUUUCGGGCCGCAUUAUGCUACCAUUGAAUUUGGCUUCUGAUGAAGGUCCGAUAUUCGUAAAUGCCAAGCAGUAUCAUGGGAUACUAAGGCGUCGAAAGACCCGGGCUAAGGAAAUGGAGAAAAAAGCUCUUAAACCACGCAAGCCGUACUUGCACCUCUCUCGCCAUCUCCAUGCUUUGCGCCGACCUAGGGGCUGUGGUGGUCGCUUCUUGAACACAAGGAAUAUGAAUGGAACUAUGAAGGGUGGAAAAAACCCCGAUAUGUUCAAGACAGGCGAUGUUCAAAACUUUUACCCUACCGGAUCCCAGAAUUCUGAAGUGCUGCAGUCUGAUAGCAGCAAUUUGAGCUCACCAAAAGAAACAUCUGGAAGUAGGUUCUUUGAUUCAUCAGGGGUCACUAACAUGUACUCUAGUGGCAAUCUUGAUCCUCUUCUGUUCCAAAACCUGAGGCCUCCGGUCCAGGCAAUACCGGACAUGAUGAAUACUGGACACGGUAUUUUCAUGUCUGGUAAGUGGGUUGGCACAGCAGAUAGCUGUUGCAACCUCAAAGUUUGAUAGCCUUGGCUUGAGAACGAGGUCAGGUGUCACGAGUUGAGCCUCACCUCAUCCGUGCUACAACCUAAUGCAUACACAUUUGGUUGCUGACAAUUGUCGGAUCAUCCUUGGCUAUCAUGGGCAGUUCAUCCUUGGCUUAGCAUUAACGCGGUGCCUCUAUCGUUCUAUUGCUAUCAAGCAACGUGGAUGGUAAGAGGCACUAAAGCCUUAAUGCUACUUUAUUUUCAGCUCUUUGUAGGAUAAAUAAACUUGUUUUUGAUAAGAUGAUGACGAUGAUGACCCUGUCGAUCGGGGUCUCUGAUGUUGCAGUGUGUUUGGAUUACUGUUUUGUGAUUUUGGUUUGUGAAAAAUACAAUGAUGUAUGAUUGAACUUGAUCCAUGCAAAUUGGUGUGUUUUCAGACUGGUAUUUUGUAUAAUGGGAGUGUAGAUUGUGUUGUGUUUGCAACUGUCAUGUAAUCUAUAGUUACCUUCUCAUUAUGCAUUUUGAAGAA